ACAAGUAGAUAAGGACCAAGGAAAAUGAUUGACGUUUGAGCUUUAAAAAAAUCACAAAACUAGAAAAAAAAAGUUGACUGCAGAUCGAUCCAUAAGCCAUCAUCGAUGGCGCAACACGAGUUACAAGAUGAAGAAAGUUUCGCUUACGCCGUUCAGCUCAGCAACUCCGUCGUUCUUUCCAUGGCACUUCAUUCCGCCACUGAACUCGGUGUUUUCCAAGUCUUACAGAAUUCCGAUUCCGAUUCCGAUUCUCCACUCUCCGCCCACGAUAUUGCCUCUCGUCUUUCAUGCACUAAUCCCGAAGCUCCCCAAAUGUUAGAUCGAAUUCUCGCUCUUCUUGCUUCUCACUCUAUUCUUAACUGCUCCGUUGUUCCUGAUCACAAAAACCUUGGAUCGUUUCAUCGACUCUAUGCUAUCACUCCCGUUGCCAAAUUCUUUGCUCCUAAUUCCGAUGGCGUUUCUUUAGCUCCUUUGAUUGCAUUGCAUCAGGAUACGAUCUUCUUACAGAGCUGGUCCAAGCUUAAAGAUUCAAUUCGGGAAGGGGGUAUUCCGUUUAACAGGGUUCAUGGUACACAUGCCUUUGAGUAUCCCAGCUUGGACUCGAGGUUCAAUCAAGUUUUCAAUACAGCGAUGAUCAAUCACUCUACUAUAAUAACGAAGAAGGUUCUAGAAUGCUACAAAGGAUUUGAGGAAGUAAAAAGGCUUGUGGAUGUUGGUGGUGGUCUUGGGAUCACCAUUAACUUGAUCACUUCAAAAUACCCUCAUAUAAAGGGUAUCAAUUUCGACUUGCCUCAUGUCAUUGAAGAUGCCCCAUCCUAUCCUGGAGUUGAACACGUUGGCGGAGAUAUGUUUGAAAGUGUGCCUAAAGCAGAUGCCAUAUUUAUGAAGUGGAUACUUCAUGACUGGAGUGAUGAGCAGUGCUUGAAGCUUUUGAAGAAUUGCUAUGGUGCUAUUCCUGAUGAUGGAAAGGUGAUUGUUUUGGAGACAGUUAUGUCUAUAAUACCAGAAAACAAUGCUGCUUGGAAAUUUGCGGCCCAAUCGGAUGUUCUAAUGAUGACUCAAAAUCCAGGUGGGAAAGAGCGAACUGAGCAAGAAUUCAUGGAUUUAGCAAAUGGAGCUGGAUUUCGCGGCAUUAGAUAUGAAUGUUAUGUUAAUACUUUUUGGGUUAUGGAGUUCUUCAAGUAGAUACCAUUUGUUACCGUGUUCUGCUCGUUGCGAUUUUUGUUUAUGUUCAUUACACUUUCGUUGCAAAGUUGACAAAACAAAAUUGAAGUGUGUAUUACAUCGAUUUUUAUUUCAGUUUAUGGUUACCAUAACUGUGUGAAUGCUGGCCAAUGAUAAUGAAAAUGAAACAUAAGAACUUUGAUA